AUGGAAGCUGCGGAGUCGGAAUACGAUAAAUUGGAUGUUGGUUUUCUGAAUGGCAAUCAAAACGGAGACUUAAAUUCAUGCUCUCAAAGGAAGAUAGAAGAUGACAGAGUAGAAGAGGUGUAUGACGAAAUUGAAUACGAGGAAAACCGUAUCAAGCCAAAUUUUGAAGCAACCGGAAAGAACCAGAGUCUGAUAAAUGCUGUUGUUACGGCUUUCAAAAUGAGGUCCCUUAAGUUAAAGGAAGCUGGUGAGACCCGAAAACACAAGGCAACGCCAAACUUGUAUCAAGCUGACUACAAUAGCCCCAUAACAGAUUCAAGUUGGUCUAAUAUCACGAAAAGUAAAAAAGGUGAAGAAGAAAGUCUGCACAGCGACUGUGGAAAGACGAACGUUACUGGCCAUAAAAUCAGUGGCAUUUUGGGGCAUGUGGCUGCUUCUGUAAAAAAUGCCUGGUCCAAUGUGUCUAAGGAGGCGAAAGUGGAAAAACCAGAGGCGAAUGUCAGUGAGGAAGACUAUUACGAAGAAAUUUGUGAUGCUGAUCUACCGACGGCACUAAAACUACGAGCCCCUCCUACGGAGACUUUGGUGAAGUCUGGAAGAAACGAAUAUUCACAUUUCGGUAAGCCCACAUCAAGGGAUGCAGAUCACGAAACCAAACUUUCUAAACACCUGGCUAGGAAAGCAAAACCUGCACAUUAUCUACGUUCAAAAGAAGGAAAAGAGCGAAAAUCUGGGCUUCGUAGGCACGUAGCUGACCCAACUAAAAAGAAGACGGCGAAAGAUAUUAUUCAGGUAACAAAGAACAAUUUUCGCAAAAAGGACGUUGAUGAACCGGAAAUAAAGCUCGGUCUUGAUGUGUGCUCACACAGUUCAAGAGAAACUGAUCCAGUAAAGGCUGACUUGCCAAAUGCUCUAAAAAUGGCAGAUGAAAACGACCAGAUAGAAGGGGAAUUGUAUGAAGAAGUCAACGAUGCUGCACAUAGCGUCAACGAACAAUCAAAUCAGGCUAAUCCAAUUCGUAGCAUUGACAGUGUCACGCAAAAAAGAGAAAUCGGAUCAAGGCCAUCAAAACAAAAUGCGAUUUCAAACUUGGGCGAGAAGUUAAGUGGGCUGAUUCGAUCUUCAAGGUCAUUCAGAAGAUCGAAGGACUGCGUUUUGCAAGAUAGCGACGAAGUUCAUAAUGAGGAUUUAUACGAGGAGGUAGACAACGGCAACUUAGACACGUCUAGUCACCAACUGAGCAGUACAAAAUUUAAACCUAACAAAUUCGUUAGUUUCAAUCCAGAAACGCAAAAACCUAAAGUUCAUAAAGUUACCAAAAUCAGAGGAACAAAAACUCGAGCUUUCAAUUUCAAGAAAUUGUAUGGCAAUAAAUUCCGGCACAAAGAUUCCAAGGAUGAAAGGAAGGUGUGGAAAGGUAUAAGUAGGGAGGCAGCGACUGCCGGGGCUACACUUCACAAUUCUGAAAACAAGGCAAAGAAAAGUGUAGAUGUUUUUCUCAACAAGGAAUUAAACACAAAAGUCAGUGGUGCAGCUGAUCAAGAAUGCGAAGCCUAUGACGAAAUUGUAUUUGCUGAGCCAAACAGAAUGUCUGCUCUGGAAGAUUUCUACGACGAAGUCGAUAUCCAUCCACUGCCAUCUACUCAGGUGCUCUGUGAAGAAGUUAUGGAAAAAAGGCCCAAGGCACUAGAUGCUUCCGCUCAGGAUAAUAAAGAAAAGGCACAAGAUAAAGAAAACUGCCGACAUAUGGACGCAGAAAACAGAGAUCAUUGGAAUUUUCAAAAGACCGAACAGAAGACGGACAAAUCUGUGAAGGUCACCAACAGCUCAACCACCAAAGAAAUUUUAAAGAACAAAACCAAUGAAAGCCCUGACGCAAAGAGUCAAGAUGUGGCUGAAACCAGGUCGAAUACUCAAGAGUCAUUUAGUGAAAAAUUUUUGAAUGAAAUGGCACAUCCUAGGUCUAGUUAUAUACCUGAAGACUUGUACGAAAACGAGAAUGACAAGAUUGCCCACGUUCAGCAAAGUGCGGCGACAAGCGAGGUGCCACCACCUGUUCCACCGAAAAAAAAUUCGAAUACCGGCUGCGCUCCAACAAAUGCCGUAAAGAAGAGCGGUGCAUACACUGAACAACCGUUGGAAUCAACAAAGCCAACUCCACUUGCCGAAAAUAGGAGACAGUUUCCUUCUCACUCACGUCAGUCCUUCGACGUCCCAGUAAAGGCUCGUAUCAGCUGCGUGGACGUUCCACCAGCACUUACGGACUCCCAAGAUAAGAGAAAAAUCUCGGAACCCAAUAAAGUGCUGUCAGAGUUGCUUGGACAAACUCCCAAGCCAAGGGAACAACGAACUAAUGAACUUCCAGUUCGACGAUCAAAAUCAAACGCCAACCGAUUCUUGGGACUUUUCCGCUCUCAGGCUCGAAAUAAUGAAGACUUUAGAAAGUCCGCGUUUCCCCAAUCUGUGACCACUUUUUCGCCAAGAACUAGCAAUUCUAGCUCUAAAGAUCCGACGUCAGCAUUUACGUCUAAAAAGGUUCCACUUCAACUUUCUAGUGUUUGUGGGAAAAAUCAGACACCGUCUUCAAAAGGCGCCAUAGAGGUCGAAGACUAUGAGGUCUUGUCCGACUACUCGUCACAUUGGACUGAAGAAGAGCGCAAUGGAGGUCAUUAUGGCAGAAACUCCACCACGCAGGUUCGGAACAUCAAACGAGACUUGGAUUUACCUUGUCAAAAAACUCUGUCACAGGAUGACAAAAAGCCUACUGUUGAAUACGAUGUGACCUCCAGUAGCAAGAUUGUGCAAAAUCAGCAACCGGGACCUAAUGAGACGCUAAGGGAUAAUUUAACUGGCCAUUUGCAAAGAGCUGGCUCUUUGAACCCCAACGACGCAGUUUUAGGACCUUGUUUUAAAACGGAAUUGAGGAAAGAAGUAACCGAGAUGGCCAGCCGAAUGCUUCCUGACUUGCCAACACCUGCACCUCGCAAUAUCAAGUCACCGAUUUUGCAAACCUCGUCAAGUUUAACAACUGAACCAGACAAUACCAAAAUCGCACCUGCGAUGUCACCUAACUGCCAACGUGCUCUUCCGCGCAAAUCAGCAAAUGCAAAAAAGGCAAUAAAGCGACGUCCACGACCGCAAUCUCUACCCGAAGCUGUUGUGAGCUCUCACUAUGCAUCGUCGGACAAUGAAAGCACAGAAGAUGAAUCGGGCGACGUACCACACAAUGUCAUUGACGAGGCAUUGACCAAAGGUAAUGCCUCUUCGAGCACAGCAGUUCAGUCGGCUGUUCGAAAUAAUGCGGAGCUCAUCCAAUCCAUCCCAUGCAAUGGCCAAGUCGGUAAUCGAAAUCAAAAUAAUUCAGGGCAGAACGCAGUGGCAUUGCAAAAUGCUUACCCCCCGUGUGGUAGAAACGAAACAAACGAAGUCAAACUCCAGUCAGCACAUGAUGCGUCACCACCAGCAGUCAUGGCUCGAGACAAGACAAAAGUGGACAACGUCCCUCCCCACUUCGGGUCGUCUGCCAGCGGUUUAGAAGAUUCUAAAUCCCCACAGACUUUGCCUAGUAAUGAAGCCAAAGAGCCAGUUAACCUGAAUUCUAUUCUAAAUACGAUCGAGGCAGGGCUAGCCGAGAUUUCUCCAAAUUCGACAACAACUAGCUCUUGCGCCUUGUCGCCGACUGGCGAAACUAAAGUGCCUCCUAAAAUACCACCCAGACCAGCUUUUGUGCCCAAAGUUAUUCUCACUCAAGUUGCACACCAAUCAAUUCCGUUGCACAGGGCUGGUGCAACAACUUCUUCGCCCCAAGUAGUGCAGUCACCUUCAGUAGAAAAAGACGAGUUAGUUUCUGCAGACCGGGAGGACGUUGUAGCAAAGGAGACCGAUCAUGUAGAAGACGUUUCACCCCCACGCAAACACGAAUCGUCUUCAGAAUGCGCACAGAGAUCGACUAGAGAAUUUUUAUUACAGUCCGAAAAUAACAUCACCAAAAAUGCCACCUCUUCGGGAGCUUAUGAUUGCGAAAAUGACUAUUACAUGAGACUAGAAGAUUGUUAUUGA